UAUUCAUUAUUAUAAUAAGUUUUGCACAUGCAUUUUAUAUUUUAUUAUCACCAAGAUCCGAAUUUUCACUUGAACAACCUACAAAUAACGAUGAUCCAAAUAAUCCUUGGAAUUUAGCUUCUAGUUAUAAUCAAAUAAUUGAUAAUGAUAGAAAUAUAAACUCCAAUCCAUCUAUGAUUCAAACACCCGAUAAAAAUACAAAUAUGUUUAUAGAUAUUAGAACUUCUCUUUUUGCAAUGUAUUUAUUUUUAGCAGGUGAUUCAAGUGCAUUAUCCAAUUGGGCAUAUAUAGAUAAUCCAUCAAUUGCAGUAUUGAUUUUUUUAUUUUCCCUCUUAAUUGUUGUAUAUCUUAUGAACUUGUUAAUUGGAUUACUUAAUAUGGCAAUUGAAGAAGAUAAUAACAGAGUUUCAUAUUUGAUACAGAAGGCAGAAAUUUUGGCUGAGAUUGAGUUAUUUUACCUAUUUCCAUUUCAGAGACGUUGGCAAUCAUGGUUUCCUGAAGUAAUACAUUAUUAUGCCGAUGUUGACAAGACUCGAAGAGAAGUUGAAAGAUUUAUUAAAAAUGGUGAAUGGGAUACUAAGGAAUUCACAGAGAUGCGAGAAAAGUUAUUAAAAGAACUUCAAAUUAAUCAUAAUCCUAUUGACAAUGAGGUAAUAUUGAAGAAAUUAGAAGAAUUAGAUGAUAAGAAAUUAGAUAAUUUACCAUUAGAAAAAUUAGAAAAAUCUUAUUAUGAAAAAUUAGAUAAGUUAGAGAAAUCAGAGAAAUUAGGGAAAUUAGAGAAAUUAGAGAAAUUGUUGAAAGAAAUGUGUGCAAAAUAAUUUUAAUAUUAU